AUGAGUUCGGAAGGGACAGAUAAAUGUUCAUCCAGAGAAUGUGAGACUUCUUUGCAAAAUAUGCCCACAAUGGAUUUUGACAAAUAUCUACUUACCGCCUAUUCGGACAGCCCCAUUAAUAAAGACCGAAAACGCAUAGAAAUUCCUAUUUAUUUUGGCGUUCCAAUGAUUAUUUUACGGGAGAAACAUGAAAAUGAGUUGGCUCAGGGGAAAAGUUUUAUCGAACUUGAACCACCUCCCAGAAAUGUUAUUGAAGCACUAACUGAUCGGCUCUUGAUGAACUGUUUUACUGUGGAAGAUAUUCAAGUGGUGCUGUCCAGGAUAAAGCCUGUGGUGAUAUUUCACAUCAUUUUAGAAUUGUUACGACGAAUCCCCGAACCGUUGAUUCCAUUGUCAGCUAAAGCUGCGCAGGUUGCCAGUCGAGUGCUUUUGUUGGAACCAUUACACCCCUAUGAUUUUACCAUCAGCGAUGAACUGUAUCGGGAAAUUUUACGCUAUCAUGCAGAACAAGGAGAGGAAAAUACUAGCCGAUUUAAACGAAACAAGCAUAAGCACGACGACACUAUUCAGCCGCUCAUACAGAAAUAUUAUCACUGCAUGUCAAUCAGUCGGUAUAAACUGACCAAAAUGUACAAUAAAUUCAACAAGUGCAUCUAUCAUGAUCUGCACACAAUCGGAUCUACGUUACAAAGAAAUUUGGCCAGAUUUAUUAUUCGAAAUGUGCUAUACCUGGCCCGACGAUAUACCAUCUCUUAUUUUCGGCGUUUGUGUCAACAGCGCGGAGAAAGUUGGCCUGUCGGUCGAAUCACUACCCAACAGCACAUUGUUCAGUACGCCUACACCAGACUAGCUGAUGCAGUUGGCCCAGUGUUGAUCAGUCAGCCGGGAACACCUGAAUACUAUCCGGAUGUGGAGAAACGUGCCAUGUUGAACAUUUUGUCUUGUGGUAUGGAUCGAAUGUGGUUAACCGGGCAGAAACCACCAGAUAUUAUUGUGAACAUGGAACCAUCUUAUUGUCAUGCGAAUUGUGUGUGUGGACGUGGGCUGAAUGUGAUUAGCGCAAAAAAUGAAACCUGA